CAGGUGUCCGCACGUCCGUCUGUCCGUCCCUCCCGGGGCCGGCGCUGACCAUGCCCAGAGGCUGCCGCUGCCUCCAUCUCGUGUGCCUGUUGUGCAUCCUGGGGGCCCCGGUUCCGCCGGCCCGAGCGGAUGACUGCAGCUCCCACUGUAACCUGGCCCACGGCUGCUGCGCGCCUGACGGUUCCUGCAGGUGUGACCCAGGCUGGGAGGGACCGCACUGCGAGCGCUGUGUGAAGAUGCCCGGCUGCCAGCACGGCACCUGCCACCAGCCCUGGCAAUGCAUCUGCCACAGUGGCUGGGCGGGCAAGUUCUGCGACAAAGAUGAGCACGUCUGCACCUCCCAGUCCCCCUGCCGGAACGGCGGCCAGUGCGUAUACGAUGGGGGCGGCGAGUACCACUGUGUGUGCCCGGCCGGCUUCCACGGGCGCGACUGCGAGCGCAAGGCUGGGCCCUGCGAGCGGGCAGGUGCCCCAUGCCGGAACGGUGGGCAGUGCCAGGACGACCAGGGCUUCGCCCUCAACUUCACCUGCCGCUGCCUGGCCGGCUUCGCGGGUGCCCGCUGCGAGGUGGACGUGGACGACUGCCGGAUGCGGCCUUGUGCGGACGGCGCCACCUGCGUGGACGGGGUGAACCGCUUCUCCUGCCUCUGCCCCGCGGGCUUCGCCGGCCGCUUCUGCACCAUCAACCUGGAUGACUGUGCCAGUCACCCGUGCCAGCGGGGCGCCCGCUGCCGGGACCUCGUGCACGACUUCCACUGUCUCUGCCCCAGAGGCUACGGCGGCAAGGCCUGCGAGCUGGUGCUGCCCGCCCCGGGGCCCGCCAGCACGGUGGGGCUGCCGCGGGCACCCACGGGGCCUGUCCCGCACAGUGUGGGCGCCGGCCUGCUGCGCAUCUCGGUGAAGGAGGUGGUGCGGACACAGGAGGCCGGGCUGGGCGAGUCCAGCCUGCUGGCCGUGGUGGUGUUCGGGGCGCUCACCGCCGUGCUGGUCCUGUCCACCAUGCUGCUGACCUUGAGGGCCUGGCGCCGGGGGGCCUGCCCCCCUGGACCCUGCUGCUCCCCGGCCCCACUCUAUGCCCCAGCAUGCCAGGACCAGGAGUGCCAGCUGAACAUGCUGCCGCCGGACGCCCCCCUGGCCCCUGACCUGCCCCCCGAGUCUGGCAAGAGCACCGCGCUGUGACGGACUCAGGGCCGCAG